AUGGUCGGUUGCCAUAUGACGGUGACGGAGAUUUGCGGCCCGUCGAGUCCAUCGAUGUUAUCACUCGAGGCUCUAGUCGGACCUUCUAGCCCAGACUCACCUCUCUCAAGAACUCUUGCCAUCCUGUUCGAACCCUCACCAAUCCUAUUCUGCAUUUUAGAGCCUCAGUUACAAGCCUCUCUGACGACAGUAGCUCGAGGAAUCACCUCCUAUGCCGAUUUAGUAGGGCUAUCGAUAUCUCAGAUCCAGUCUUGGGACAAGGAUUUACAGGCCCUGUUUAUCGCCGCGCAUCCUCGUAUCGGUGAAAACAAAAAUCUAUCGGCGUUGAGUGCGAACGAACAGGGUGCAACAGUUCCCACCUCCCUAGAGGUGCUCAACAGGUUGGCACAUCUCAAUGCAUGCUACGAGAAGCGAUAUCCAGGUUUGAGGUAUAUCAUUUUUGUGGAUGGAAGAAGUAGAGCUGCCGUGGCGGAAGUGAUGGAAGAUCAACUGGGUUUUGCGCAUUCAUUAUCACCCUCCGAGCCGGCAAUUGGAGAAGUGCUAUCUGUCGACAUCGGAGGGGAGGAAUGGACUUUGGAGUUAAACAGGGCAGUUCAAGAUGUUGGGAGGAUUGCAAAGAGUCGAUUGAUCAGUCUAGGAUUGGAAUGAUAUAGUUUCAGCCGAAGGUGAUUUCCGACGUUCUACCUUGCAAAUGUCCACUUCAUUCAAAUAACAGAAAUACAGCGUACCCUAACAUAGAUUGUGA